GCAGUGCUGAGCCGGGUUAGCAGCGUUAGCUCAGUGUGUGUGUGUGUGUGUGUUCCUGUCCCAGUCUCCUCACCGUGGCCUCACUUCCUGUUUCCGCCCGAGUCUCUCUCUCACACACACACACACACACACACACUGCUGCACGGGCUGCGGGAGGAUUGGAUUUGUGCUUCCUGACCCACAGAACCUGCGAAUGGCAGAAGAACAUGAGGAGAAGUUCAGAGCCGUCCUGAAGGUGACGAUCGUCUCCCCACAUUGUGAAAUCCAGACGUCUGGGGCUUUUGAGCUGCCGUUGCCCCGACAGUCAUCCCUCUGCUGAGUUCUCAUUAAGGUUGUGUGUGUGUGUGUGUGUGUUGGUGGAGUAGCAGUGGGGAGUAAGAAUGUGUAAGAGUGUAGCACUGUGAGGAUCGAGAGACAGAGAGAGAGACAUGCGGACGUGGACGGGCUCAUGGCGCUGGAUCAUGCUGGUGCUGCUGGCAUGGGGCACGUUGUUGUUCUACAUUGGAGGACACCUGGUGCGAGACAGUGAACCGUCUGAGCAUCCCAGCCGUGAACUGUCCAGAAUCCUGUCCAAGCUUGAGAGACUCAAACAUCAGAAUGAGGAGCUGCGGCGCAUGGCGGAGACGCUCAGGGUGCCGGAGAGUCAGGCUGAUGGAGACACGGGAGCUGCAGGGAAGCUGCGCAGCCUGGAGGAGCAGUUACUCCGAGCCAAAGAACAGAUCAAUUCCUACCGCAGCCUGCCUGUCGAUGGUCCAGGGAGGAACCAGGAGGAGUUACAGAGAAUGGUCGAGAGAGGGGUACGGGAGUUCUGGUACUUUGUACGCAGUGAGGUGAAGAAACUGGGCCAAGUGGAGACAGGAGAGCUGCAGAACCACAUCACCAUGCUCCUGGAGGACUUGAGCCAUCGGCAGAGGUCCAUCAUGACUGACUUGUACCACCUGAGCCAGGCCGAUGGAGCUGGAGACUGGAGGGAGAAGGAGGCCAAAGACCUUUCUGAUCUCGUACAGAACAGAAUAACAUACCUACAGAACCCACCAGAUUGUGGAAAGGCUCGCAAGCUGGUGUGUAACAUCAAUAAGGGCUGCGGUUACGGCUGCCAGCUGCAUCACGUGGUCUACUGCUUCAUGAUCGCCUACGGCACCCAGAGGACGCUCAUCUUAGAGUCACAAAACUGGCGCUACGCCACCGGGGGCUGGGAGACAGUGUUCAAACCCGUCAGUGAGACCUGCACCGACCGCACUGGAGUGUCUACUGGACACUGGUCUGGUGAGAAUAAUGAUCAGGCUGUACAGGUGGUUGAGUUGCCGAUCGUGGACAGCCUCCAUCCACGUCCUCCGUACCUGCCGCUGGCGAUCCCAGAGGAUUUGUCUGAGCGUCUGCACCGGCUGCACGGAGACCCCUCUGUCUGGUGGGUUUCUCAGUUCGUCAAGUAUCUGAUCCGACCCCAGGCUUGGCUUGAGAAAGAGAUUCGUGAAGUGACCGCCAAGCUGGGCUUCAAACACCCCAUUAUAGGAGUGCACGUGCGCAGGACAGAUAAGGUGGGAACAGAAGCUGCUUUUCACCCCAUAGAGGAGUACAUGCUGCAUGUAGAGGACCACUACCAAAGCCUGGCCCUGCGCACACACAUCGACAAGAAGCGUGUUUACCUGGCCACUGAUGACCCUUCACUCCUGCAGGAGGCUAAGACUAAGUAUCCAGAUUAUGAGUUCAUCAGCGAUAAUUCCAUCUCCUGGUCAGCUGGGCUGAACAACCGCUACACCGAGAACUCAUUAAGAGGAGUCAUCCUAGACAUCCACUUCCUGUCUCAGACUAACUUCUUGGUCUGCACCUUCUCCUCCCAGGUGUGUCGCGUGGCCUACGAGAUCAUGCAGACGCUACAUCCCGAUGCCUCCUCCUAUUUCUACUCACUUGAUGAUAUCUACUACUUUGGGGGGCAGAAUGCACACAACCAGGUGGCUAUUUAUCCACACGAGCCCCACAGUCAGGGUGAGAUCAUGCUGGAGCCCGGCGACGUGGUCGGCGUGGCCGGCAACCACUGGGACGGAUACUCCAAGGGCAUCAACCGCAAGACUGGGCGCACUGGCCUCUACCCCUCUUACAAGGUGAAGGAGAAAAUCGAGACAGUGAAGUAUCCCACAUACGGCGAGGCUGACAAGCUGCUUAAGAAACAGUAGAGGGAUGAAGAGACGCUGCGAAAUAUAUUGUACAUAUUUUAGUUCAAUGAAGAAAGCCUGGACCUCCUGAAUGGAAAUGCACUUGUGUGUGUGAGUGUGUGUGUGUGACUUUGGACCUGAAGGGGGGGUCGUUAGCAUUUGGGGGGGACAGACAAUGUUUAAACUGGACAAACAGGAUUAGCUAAAAUGCCACUGCAGGUGUUUUUCCUAAACCUCCACUUAAAAUGAAGGCAACCACGUUUGUACAUUUCAGAUAAAAUGAUGGAUAUAAUUAACCCAACAAAAAAGCAGCACUAAAGGCAGCUUAAUACGAAGGAUUCUUAAUCUGAACUCCAGCUCGAGCUGCACUGUUUUUUCCUGUGAAGUUUUUCUCCCGUAUGAACUGCGUCUUUACAUUACUCCUUCACCUCUUCUCUGUUCCUGUUCUCCGAACAUUAUCUCCACUCCACACCCUACAGACGUGGGCUUUUACUUUCCUUUGUUAUACUGUGCUUUUAAAAAACAUUAUUUAAAAAUGUUUCAGAGUAGUAAUAUAAUAUUAUUUGUCAGUGUGUGUCUGUGUGUUUGUGGAACUGAAAGCCAAAUAACGUGCCUAACAACAAUAGCUGAUGGAUCACACAACGCUACACAAAGUUGAUGCAAAUUCCAAGGCCUUAGAGAGGAUUACACUCCUGACCUUUUACUUCUUGCUGUUCAUUGUUUUCAAAUGAUUCUUUAAUGUUAAAUGUAAUGUUUAAAAAUGAAAACCAUGGGAACAGAAACUUAAAAUAAUUACUGUAUUAAAAAAAACAAAGCAAAGAAAGAAUAUAAAUGAUUGACAGUUAAAUAUCAUUGUGGUAACAUUUUAGUGUACUUGAGUGAUUUAAUAUUUUAUGUUUGCGUGAGAGCUGUCUUUUUCUAAACCGAUCAAAUAAACUUGAUCAGACAUUGUG